AUGGCUAGGACUGGUUUAGUGAACCAAAACAAGCCCAACCCACCAAUAGAAACGAUUAAAGAGAUCAUAUUACACUACUGGAAGAUGAAGAAGAACGACAAAGAGAUUUUAGAUCUUAUCCUCAAAAAAAUUGACCGAAGUAAAUUUGGUCUGGAACAGGAAGCCAUGCCUCUCGUCACUCAAAGUGACCCUGGAUCUGAGAAUUAUGGAAUUGCCAAUGCCCACACCAUGCUACGACAAAUGCACGACCCAGCACUAAUGGGAACUCUUCAGCACAGGUGGAUGCGAAUCAAGAAAAAUAUAAAACUAGAAAUUGCAUGGUCUCAACUGCGCCGCCGAUUCAUACUAGGAUUUGAAGAUAUAUUGGACAAGGGUGUUGUGAAUAACUGGUAUGAUGCUGAUAUUGAUCUCCAGCGUAUGGUUUUUCACUGGGUUUUCAUCCCAUGGCUCCAAUGUGAAUUAGACAGCUAUUGUGACCGUGUCAACAACACACAGAAGCGAGCCGAUAAGAACAAAAUACUACCACAUGGUGUUCCCAACCACAUCUUUGAAACACCUGAGGACUUUGGUGCAUAUGAUUGUAAGGUCAUAGUGAGCCCAGAUGCAGUUGAGCAUGUACGCAAUCUGUAUGCACCAAAAGAUCAUGCAGUCUUUGAACUUGUACCUGUGAAGUUUUCAGCGUUGGCUGAGAUUUUUUACAAUGGGAUGGGACAUCCAGCCGUAGAGAGAGAGACAGUCUGGCCUAUUUACUGUGCAUUACUGUGCCAGUUUGAACAAUAUAAAGACAAUGCAGCACAGGAUGAAUGGUUGCAAGAUUUAGCAAGAUUGCAAGACAUUACAACCAAGGAUGUGGCCAAAAUUGUUCUUCUUGAUGGUAUGGACGAGCUGCCCAAUGGGAUGGACAAGCCUCGCCCAGAUGGCUCGUAUUAUAUGGGUGGCGUGAACAAAGGACAUGGCCCAGUCCGCAACUUCGAGGAUGACGGCGAGCAGUCAAGUAAUCAUGGUGAGAGCUAUAGAGAUUUACUUGAAGAUGGUCAGCUUGUGGCAAGUUUCUCGUCAGAAAAUGAGAUGGAGUCUGAAUCUGUAGUAGAUGAGUAG